AUGGAACUGCUGUGCGUGGAGGGGGUGAUCCGGGCCAAGCGGGAUCCACAGCUGCUAAGGGACCGCCGGGUCCUGCAGAACCUCCUGAGUCAGGAAGAGCGCUACAGCCCCCGGGUCUCCUAUUUCCAGUGCGUGCAGAAGGAGAUCCAGCCCUACAUGCGGAAGAUGUUGGCUUUUUGGAUGUUGGAGGUUUGUGAGGAACAGAAGUGUGAAGAAGAGGUUUUCCCCUUGGCCAUGAAUUACUUGGAUCGUUACCUGUCCUGUGUCCCCACCCGCAAAAACCACUUGCAGCUUCUCGGGGCUGUGUGUAUGCUCCUGGCCUCCAAGCUGCGAGAGACCAUGCCUUUAACAGUGGAGAAACUAUGCAUUUACACAGACAAUUCCAUCACCCCACGUGAAGUUUUGGACUGGGAGUUUUUAGUCCUUGAGAAGCUAAAGUGGGACCUAGUAUCAGUGAUAGCCAAUGACUUCUUGGAUCAUAUUCUCCAGCGGCUCUCACUUCCCCAGCAGAAGGUGGACUUGGUGAAGAAGCAUGCACAAACGUUCAUUGCAUUGUGUGCUACAGAUUACACAUUUGCUAUGUAUCCCCCGUCCAUGAUCGCUACUGGAAGCAUUGGAGCGGCAGUCCAUGGCCUCUCUACCUCAUCCGAUGAUUUUUCUGGCGAAGAACUCACAGAACUGCUUGCUAGCAUUACUGGCACAGAGGUGGACUGUCUGAAAGCAUGUCAGGAGCAGAUUGAGGUUGCCUUAGCAGAGAACCUGAAACAGACAUCACAGCCCCGGCAAGAGUACAGCCCCUCCAAGGAUGCCGUUUACCCCGACAGCCAGGAUGUCAGCCUGACCAGCACACCUACGGAUGUCACAGACAUCAACCUGUGACCAGCCCCUCCCUCUGAUCACCCAGCUCCCAGCAAGUAGAACUUAACGCAGGAAAAUAAGCCUCCCGGAACAUUCUGCCUGUGCAAUGUGAUCACUGAAGAAUAAGGGGAGUGGGAGAAAAUGACCCCAUGAGCAUAACCUUUGUAAUGAGACCGUGUGGGAUUUGGGUCUUGGAGGAAUGGUGUGGGAGGGACUCCAAAAGGGAAUAGGCCCCUUGCAGUUGGACUGUUUCUGCCUUGCUAGCCUGGUUUUUCCUAGGAUCAGGGGACCUUCCUGUGGCGUUUUGAGCCACGCUUGAACGCGGGAAGGAUACGUGAGCUUAACGUCAUUUCAAAAGUUCUUCAGUUUGGGUUUGCUUUAUUGGAGGACGCGCUGCUGAUCACUGCUGUUUUGUCCCAAUCUUUGCUGCAUGCCUAUUGCAUGUGUGUCAAGAGAGAAAACGCACUUUUGUUAUAUAGACCGCCUUCACCUUAACAUGAAGAAGUUGAAACAUGCACCUGAGACAUCCUUGACUGAAUCCGCUCUGCUCAUGCAGCCAUGUGUGGGCACCUGGUAGAGAGAGACCAGGCUAUAUUUAAAGUCCAGCACUGGAAUCUCUCUACCAGUCCCAAGGAAGUCUUAGCUCUCCUUUGAUUAUUAAUAGUAGCACAAUCCAUAAACCCUUCAGAGUCUUUUAGCCCGUUCAGGAGAAUUGAGUGGGUUUUGGCUCGCUAUUUGUAGGUGCUUGUAAAGUGCUGCUUUCCAUAUAAAAUAUUGGGGGUUGGGGAGAACCCCCUCUUCACUAGAUACCCAAGGGGAAAAUUUCUACUUGCUGCACCAGUUGCCUUCUCUUACUCCUGUGAGACCAGAGUCAUUUUAUUUAUUGUAAGGGUCAAACCUUACAAAGCUGUCACAGAGCACGAUCAGAAGCUCAGUAGGGUAUGUUGUCCCGAUUCAUCCCUUUUGCCAUAUAACAGAGUGCCUUAAUGUCCUUCCUCAUCCUCCUUCAUACCUCUCUGGGCUGCUUACUUUGAUAGUGUCAAGGUCAUUCCCAAUCAGAGUACACCCAACAAGUGCUGCUAUACUUGUAUGUACAAAUCCCUCCUGUCUUCACUGCCAAAAAAGAAA